AUGCAAGACAGAACGGAAAGUCAGGCUACCAACUUUAACGCGAUUCGCAUUUCCGUCGCCUCUCCCGAACAAAUUCUAAACUGGUCUCAUGGCGAGGUAACCAAGCCGGAAACAAUUAACUACCGGACCCUCCGACCUGAAAAAGAUGGUCUAUUUUGUGAGCGAUUGUUUGGUCCUACCAAGGACUGGGAGUGUUUCUGCGGUAAGUAUAAGCGCAUUCGUUACAGGGGUGUCGUGUGUGACCGCUGUGGCGUUGAAGUAACUCGUUCCAAGGUGCGUCGUGAGCGAAUGGGGCACAUCAGGCUGGCUGCGCCGGUGGCCCACAUUUGGUUCAGCAAGACCACACCCAGCAGGUUGGGCUUGCUCCUGGACCUUUCGCCUCGCAACCUUGAGCGUGUUCUCUAUUUUGCCCAGCACAUCAUUACUUCCGUGGAUGAAGAGAAACGUAUCGAGAUUAUCGAGGAAGAAAGGCUCAGGGUAGAACUGGAGAAAGAACGUCUUCAAACUGCCAAUGACGAAAAGCUCACUGAACUGCGAGAGAAGCUGGAAGCUCUGGAGGCCUCGGAAGAUCCGGAGGCCAUACCGGAAGCCGCCGCCGUUCAAGCGGAAUUGGAGGCUUUGCGCGACAAGGUAUCCAGGGAAGAGGGAGACCUUGACUUCAAGCUCCAGGAAACCAUAAACGAGCUUGAAGAUUUGAGACCUUUGCGAAUUCUGGCCGAGUCCAAGUAUCGGGAAUUGAAAGAGCGCUACGACGACCUGUUCGAAGCAGGAAUGGGCGCCGAGGCUAUUCUUGAUAUUCUGCGCACCCGUGACCUCGAAGCAAUCCGUGAAGGGUUGGUCAAGGAGAUGCGUUCAACUUCAGGGCAGCGGCGGAAGAAGGCCAUCAAGCGCUUGCAGGUUGUUGAAGCUUUCCGUAACAGCGGGAAUCGUGUAGAGGACAUCAUCCUGACCGUACUCCCGGUUCUUCCUCCUGAGUUGCGCCCUAUGGUCCAAUUGGACGGGGGCAGGUUUGCCACCAGCGACCUGAACGACCUGUAUCGCCGAGUCAUAAACCGCAAUAACCGACUCAAGCGACUCAUGGACCUUGGCGCUCCCGAGAUUAUCAUUCGCAACGAGAAGCGGAUGCUGCAGGAGUCAGUGGACGCUCUGAUUGAUAACGGUCGGCGUGGUCGUCCGAUUCAGGGUAGCCACAAUCACAAGCUCAAGUCCCUGUCCGAUCUCUUGCGGGGGAAGCAGGGUCGCUUCCGGCAGAACUUGCUGGGAAAGCGGGUUGACUACAGCGGCCGUUCCGUGAUUGUAGUGGGCCCCGAGCUUAAGAUGCACCAAUGCGGACUGCCCAAGCGCAUGGCCCUUGAGUUGUUCAAGCCCUUUGUGAUGCACCGUCUGGUAAUGCUUGGUGUUUCCCCGAACAUCAAGAGUGCCAAGCGGAUGGUAGAGCGGGCCCGCCCCGAAGUGUGGGACAUUCUGGAAGAGGUAAUCAAAGAUCGCCCCGUAAUGCUGAACCGGGCGCCUACCUUGCACCGCUUGGGUAUCCAGGCGUUUAUGCCGGUGCUGAUUGAGGGUAAUGCGAUUCAGAUUCAUCCGCUGGUCUGUUCUGCUUUCAACGCGGACUUUGACGGCGACCAGAUGGCAGUGCACGUUCCCCUUUCUCGCAUGGCAGUGCACGAGUCCCAGGUGGCAAUGUUGAGUACCCAUAACAUGUUGUCGCCGGCUUCGGGUGAGCCGCUAGUGGCGCCGACUCUGGACAUGGUUCUGGGUUGUUACUACCUUACAGAAAUUCAGGCUGGAGCCAAGGGCGAGGGCAGCCGCUUUUACGACUUUGACGAAGCUCGGAUAGCUCUGGCAGCCGAUCACAUCGCCUUGCGUGCGCAGAUUUUUGUCCGCAGCAUUCCCAGCUAUGAGACUGACGAACAGUGGGUGGAAACUUCUGUCGGUCGGCUGAUAUUCAAUGAAAACCUGCCGGACAGCAUAGACUUCAAGAACUAUGUCUUCAACAGUCGUGCCAUCAAGAACCUGACCGCCGAGCUAUAUCAAAAGCUAAGCAACAAUGAGACGGCGGAAGCUCUGGAUAAGAUCAAGGACUUGGGCUUCAAGUAUGCCACUACGUCGGGUAUUACCAUUGCCAUUAACGAUAUUCAGAUUUCCGGCAAGAAAUCAGCAAUUCUCAGGGAAGCUGAAGGCUUGGUGGAUAGCUACGAGGACCAGUACCUUUCCGGUCUGAUGUCCGAAGACGAGCGUUAUAACUCCGCCAUCGACGCCUGGACCAGGGCUUCGGACCAGACCGAGCAAGUGGUUAAGGACGAGAUUGAAAUAGGCAAUUACGGUGGAAUUGGCGUGAUGGCUCUGUCUGGCGCUAAAGGUAACAUCAUGCAGAUCAAGCAGAUGGCUGGCAUGCGGGGGCUGAUGAGCAACCCUGGAGGUCGCAUUAUUGACCUGCCGGUGAAGUCCAGUUUCCGCGAGGGUCUGUCUGCGCUGGAGUACUUCAUCUCCACUCACGGCGCCCGCAAGGGAUUGGCCGAUACGGCGCUCCGUACUGCCGAUAGCGGAUACCUGACCCGCCGCCUGGUGGACAUUGCUCAGGAAGUAAUCAUCCUGGAAGAAGACUGCGGUACCUUUGAUGCCUACUACAUCGGGACUAGGCCUGAUGGGACGGUUGAGGCUACAUUGCCAGAGCGCAUAGCCGGUCGGAUGGCCUCCGCUCCUAUAGUGGACGAGACCACCGGCGAAAUGCUUGUCGACCGCAAUGAAAUGAUCGAUGAAGCCAUAGCCGAAAGGAUUGUGGCGGCAGGAGUAAGCGAGGUGGCUGUGCGGUCCCCAUUGGUUUGCGAGGCUCCACGCGGGGUCUGCCAAAUGUGCUACGGCCGUCUGCCUGCCACGGGAAAUGUAGUGGAAUUCGGGCAGGCCGUGGGUAUCAUCGCCGCGCAGAGCAUCGGUGAGCCUGGCACCCAGCUUACCAUGCGUACUUUCCACACUGGCGGUGUAGCUGGCUCAGACAUCACCAGCGGUCUCCCGAGGGUUGAGGAAAUAUUUGAGGCACGCGUUCCCAAGGGCGUGGCCCGCCUGUCCGAAAUAGACGGUGAAGUGCGGCUCCCACUGGAUGGAGAAGGGCGGCGCCUUGUAGACGAAGCCGUUCGGAUAGUUGAUCGGCAGGAGUACCGGGAAGAGUAUGUUCUCCCCGAUGGCGUCCAGUUGCUGGUGGAUGACGGAGACGAAGUGGAAGCAGGCAUGCUCAUGGCUGCCACUCUGCCGUCGUUGGGUUAUGAAACGGAUUCAGGUGAAGAAUACCAGCCUCAGCCUAUUCAGGAAGUCGUAGCCAGCGUAAACGGCCGGGUUGAACUGGAAGAGGGCCUCCUAUCAAUUGUCUGGGAGGAUCUUGAAGAGCGAGAGUACCUGCUUCCGGCCUCCUUGGAAUUGCUGGUAAAAGACGGUGACCAGGUCAAGGCCGGGGAUCGGCUGACCUCGGGUCCCAAGAAUCCCCACGAUAUCCUCAGCAUUCAAGGGACUGGUGAACUUCAACAGUACAUGGUAAACGAGGUGCAACAGGUUUACCGUUCCCAGGGUGUGGGAAUCCACGACAAGCACAUCGAAAUCAUUUUGAGGCAGAUGCUGCGUCGGGUUGAGGUCAAGUCCAUCGGUGAUUCGGACUUUAUUCCUGACCAGGUUGUGGAUAAGGGCGUGUUCCAGGAUAACUGUGGCAAGGUACUGGCGGAAGGUGGCGAGCCAGCCACGGCGGAACCGGUCCUGCUGGGCAUAACUCGGGCCUCCUUGCGUACCGACAGCUUCCUCGCAGCAGCUUCCUUCCAGGAAACUACCCGUGUCCUGACCCAGGCGGCAGUGAGCGGCCAGCACGACUACCUCCGGGGGCUUAAGGAAAAUGUGAUCAUUGGACGUCUCAUUCCUGCCAGGGUCGAGUCCACAGUGUUGGUCGAAGAGCCCGAGCUUCCUGCCUUGGCCGCCUUCCAAGAGAUUGGCGCCGUUGAAGAAUUGGUGGCUGCCGGUUGGUUGGAAGCCCCGGAAGGUGCCCCGAGUAUGCAGACGGCCUUCGGCGGAAAUUCCGAGAGCCUUGCCUCUUCGGGGUUCUUCGUCGAAGGUGAAUCAGAGCUAAUCGGAGCCGAAGAGGAUGAGGGGACUGCCGAGGACGGUCUCGCUCUAGGCGGUGAUGAGGCCGCUGAAGAAACCUUUGGCGCGGAAGGCGAUGCCGAACUCUAG